GUGCCUAAGGUGGAUGUCCUGGUGGUGGCCUCUGUAAUUAACAGCAGUUAUUUUAAGCUGAGUCCUCCCCAAAAAAGUAGGAUACCACAAAUUCACCGCAGAAAUGGCAAAGUAUUUAGGGACUCAGUCAUAUGUGUGCGGGCAGGAAACCAUGCAGUCGAGAACCUCUCACAACCCAUCACGUUAACCUUCAAACACAACAAAGAGGUUGAAAGUGGAACGUGUGUAUUUUGGAAGGAAACAUCAGCAAAUGAUGGAACAGGUUACUGGAGCAAUGAAGGCUGUGACACAAAUUACAUGGCGCAUGAAUUUAUUUGCAGCUGCAACCAUCUGAGCUUCUUUGCUGUGCUUGUGAAUCCAGGGAUAUCGGUGACAAAAGCUGAUGCUGACAAGCUAAACUACAUCACUUACAUUGGAUCGGGACUCUCCGCCCCCUUCGCAUUGAUCAGUUUGUUCAUCUAUAUUUAUCUACAUCGGCGGCAUCCUGAGAAAUCCAUAAGUCUGCACAUGCAGCUAACAGUGGCGAUGUUCUGCCUCCAUCUCACCUUCCUGCUGUCCAGCCUCCUGGUCCAACUGAAGGAAAAAGAGGACGGCUCAUCUUGCCUGGUACUGGGUCUGGUUUUACACUGGUCCCUGCUGGCCACCCUGACCUGGAGUGCUCUGGAGGGCUUCCACCUCUACCUUCUGCUCAUCCGGGUCUUUAACAUCUAUGUGAGGAGGUACCUGCUCAAACUCAGCCUGAUUGGAUGGGGUUUUCCUACACUGGUUGCAGCUGUUUGUGGGAUUUCACGUGUUUAUGGCAAAUACACUCUGAAAUACAGCAACAGCAAUUCAACACAACACAUGUGCUGGAUAAGCAACGAGUCUGAACAAAAGCUCCUCGUAGUCAGCUACAUCACUACUGUGGCCUUUCCUUUCUUGGUGGUCGUGUUCAAUGCCUGCAUGCUGGGGCUGGUGGUGUUUAAGAUGUUGGAGCUAAGAAGGGGUGAUAGAAGCUUUGGAAGCAGCAGUGACUGGAAGAAGACAAACAAAGAGAGAAAGAAGAGGUUAUGGAAGGACUGUGUCACAGUGCUGGGCCUCAGCUGUGUGCUUGGGUUACCUUGGGGGUUAGCCAGCACUACAUACGUUUCACUCCCUGGGAUCUAUGUAUUCACCGUAUUGAACUCCCUUCAAGGUGUAUUUAUUUUCCUGUGGUCUGUGGCGAUGGCCUGGUCAAAGUCUCAAACUGAAAAUAACUCAUCAAUCAGAGACUCUUCCUCUCAGAAAAUGAUGACUACUAGUUUCAACAGCAGAAACUGAAAAGACUAAUGCAUUAUCCAUGACCUAUAUUAGGUGUUGGGCUUCUAUUGAUAUGUAGUUCAGUAUAACCAAUAAUUAACUAAUAAUUUAAAUAAAAAUACAGCGAUUCUUUUGAUUUCCUGUUUGAGAUAUGAACAACAACAAACAUCAAUAAUUUACUGAUGAACCCCUCAAUUUAAAAUUGUUAAUGAGUGCCAUUUUUGAAUUCUUUAUACUUGCUGCCAGGACUAAUACCAGUAGGGUCUUCAUCUUCAGGUUGUGAUGUAUUGUGCACUUAGAGAUGCUCUUCUGUAUAACCUGGUUGUAAUGAGUGGCUCUUUGAGUUUACAUUGCAUCACCCUUUGAGGUCUUUCUGAUAAAUCGUUCCUAGUGCUGUACCUACUUAUAAUUAAGUUAUUAUUUAUAGCACCUUUCAGGUAAAAAGAAAAAACAACUAUAGUAAUCUCUAAAUGAUCUAUAUACAUUAAGAGUAUUUUAAAAUACAUUAUAUUUAAUCUCCUCAAUUCUUCCCAGAUACUGAUACUGUUAAUAUUCAACUCCAUCAUCAUGACCUGACACAAGAAGUCUAACCAGGUGCCACCAGGUGGCAGCAAUACCCACAGGAGACACUCUUCCUCUUUUUCUAUGCAUGAAGAUAAGAUAAGAUAAGAUAACCUUUAUUAGUCCCACGCA